AUGGCAAAGUAUCUUUUUGUCCUUUUGGCAGUCUCCGCUGCCGUCGCCCAACAGGUAAGACUUGAAGAACUUUCUGAGACACCUCAACUGCAAUGUUUUCAGAGCGGCAAUAGCUUCGGCGGUCAGCAAGGGAGUUACAGCGGUCAGCAACAAGGAAGUUUUGGAGGAAGUCAGGGAGGAUUCGGAGGACACGUGAGUGAAUUCUGCAAGCGCUGAGGUUGUGUACCCAAAACACUUUUAGACUGGAUCCCCACCGCCAUUCGGAUUCUCUGGAUCCCCACAACAGGGAAACCAGCAGUAUGGAAGCCAACAAGGAUACCAAGGAUCUUACGGAGGAGCUUCUCAGUCUUCGUACGGAAACCAGCAAGGAGGAGUGUUCAGUGGAAGCCAAAGUCAGGGAGGAUUCGGAAACCAGGGAGUGACUAGCUCCUACGGAUUCGGAAGCCAACAGGGAUCGUUCGGAGGACAGGUCCAGCAGCAAGGAUCUAACCGUGGAAAACGUCAGGCUCCAGGAUCCCCACCAACCGGAUCUCCACCAACUGGAUCUCCCCCAACUAGACUCCCACCAUUCGGAGGACCACAGGGAGGACCUGAAGGACGCCCGACCGGAUCCCCACCGACUGGAUCCCCACCGACUGGACUCCCACCACACGAUGGACCACACGGAGGACAGCAGGGAGGACAUGGACCGCAAGGAUCUCCACCAACUGGAAGCCCGCCAACUGGAUCUCCACCGACCGGGCUCCCACCAAGACAGAAGAGACAAGCCCGAGGAUCCCCACCAACAGGAUCGCCGCCAACGGGAUCGCCACCAACUGGAGUUCCACCAUUCGGAGGACGUCACGGAGGACGUCAUGGAGGACCACAUGGAUCCCCACCAACUGGAAGCCCACCAACUGGAUCUCCACCGACCGGACUCCCACCAAGAGAGAAGAGACAAGCCCGACGAUCCCCACCAACGGGAUCGCCGCCAACGGGAUCGCCGCCAACCGGAGUUCCACCAUUCGGAGGACGUCAUGGAGGACCACAUGGAUCCCCACCAACUGGAAGCCCACCAACUGGAUCCCCGCCAACUGGCCGACCACAGAGAGACAAGAGACAAGCCCCAGGAUCCCCACCAACCGGAUCUCCACCGACUGGAUCGCCCCCAACUGGAAUCCCACCAUUCGGAGGACCACAGGGAGGACCUGAAGGCCGCCCGACCGGAUCCCCACCGACUGGAUCCCCACCGACUGGAGCCCCACCAAAGGGAUUCUUCGAACGUCUUUUCAGCUAA